AUGAAACAACCUUCGAGUCACAUCAAUCGGCCCGCCAACCCUCUUUCUCAGCUGGGCUUACAGCAGCCAGGAAAUCUCUCGCUAGGGUGGAGUCAUCCGAAUUCUUUUGGUCAACAAGCCCGUCCAGCUGACGACACAUCCACUUCGCAUCGGGAGGAAGCCGGGACGGAUUAUGGAAAGCUGGAUCAGAAUCAGCUCUCCGGGGCGCUUGGUCACCAUUGGGACUUCGGACACUUCGGCCAUGAUCAGCAUCCCGAAACUGGCUACCCUUCAGCCGCGGCAUUGGAGUAUCCGGGAGAAUCCUCCCGGCUGUCCAUGUCUGACGUCCCUGCUAAUCGACCUGACCCAGAAUUUGAUUCCACUUCCCAUCCAGAUUCCGCUCAUUGGCAAGCUCAGCUCAGCGGCGUACUUCCCGAUGCCAAUCAAGCAAGGACUUCACUGCUUGGACAUUCGUCUCAAGGCGCCAGAUCCUCUGCCUUUACGAGCUCUCAGAACAGGUCAAAUCAGAAGCAUAGCCAUCAGGGACAAUCUGCGGAGUCUAGGAAAAACACUCAUUUUGACCAAACCUUCGCACCUUGGGAUAUCGGAAAUAAACCUGUACAUUCUUCGCCCGCAAAUUUACCCAGUGCCUCCUCAUUAGUCGAGAAUCCUGGUGACCAAAAAUCACACCGCCGGAAGCGCAAGAUAACCGAUAGGCGAAGAGAGCAAAAUAGAGCCCACCAGAAAGCGUUUCGAGAGAGACGCGAUCUUUCAUCGAGACAGAAAGAUAGCGAGAUAUGCGACUUGGAAGAACGAUUGAAUCGACAUGAAAUAACUGGGAGAGAACAAGGAGAAACGAUUAGGAAUUUGCAAGCACAAUUGGCCUCUGUUGAGAACUGGCACUCGAAUCAAAAUCCAUCCAGUUUACCUGAUUACUCGCGAGGUCACCAGCAUGGGAAUUCUCUUCCACCCAACAAUCAGAGCUUACCGCUAUUAGAAAAUCUGGAAUUGGAAGCAAAUCGACACCUUCUGCUCGCCAUCCCGAAUGCCAACCACCAGUCUGGAAGCGCACCCUUGCAAUGGAAUCAUUCAAGUUCUCAUUACGCUCCCAGCAGAUCCAUUUUCGAUUCCAAUCCACCGGAAGGAAGUACUAGAAACAAUCAUUUACAUCAGAACCAUCAAGGUCCAUCAACCCAGAGAUGA